GGCGUGCGCAUGCGCGCGAGCGGGUGUCCGUUAGUGAAAAACGCAGCGCUUGCGCGCGCGCCUCUCUCUCCCUGAUAGUGGAAGGAGGCGAGUGGCUGUUUGGGGACGGCGGCGGCAGCGGACACGAGGCGGUGGUUUUUUGGGCGACGACGGAAGCCGAGGGCGCCCUUGAAAGCGAGGAACGAGAGAGGAAAGAGGGGACUCCGGCGUUUGAGAGGAAAGCGGCCUCGGCGUCGGUUCGCCCUCUUCUAGGCCGCGGUGGGCGGGGCUUCCUCGGAGUCGGCCUCAGCGCUUCCUCCCAGGAUGUCGGCCCAGGCCCAGAUGCGCGCCAUGCUGGACCAGCUGAUGGGCACCUCCCGGGACGGUUCAAUGUAUCUAUGCCUGCCUGCUUCAUUCUGCAAGGGAGUGUCAGAAAGGCCCCGCAUUCGCCGAGCCGGGAUACUACUCGUCAGCGAAUCAAAUUCAGUGAUGACAGAGUGUGCAAAAGUCAUCUUCUCAACUGCUGUCCUCAUGAUGUCCUCUCUGGAACCAGGAUGGACCUUGGAGAAUGUCUGAAGGUGCAUGAUUUGGCAUUAAGAGCAGAUUAUGAAAUAGCAUCAAAAGAACAAGACUUCUUUUUUGAGCUUGAUGCAAUGGAUCAUCUUCAGUCAUUCAUUGCUGACUGCGACAGAAGAACUGAAGUGGCAAAGAAAAGACUGGCAGAAACACAAGAAGAGAUUAGUGCUGAAGUUGCAGCCAAGGCUGAACGAGUCCAUGAAUUGAAUGAGGAAAUUGGAAAGCUGCUUGCCAAAGUAGAACAACUUGGAGCUGAUGGAAAUGUGGAAGAAUCACAGAAAGUAAUGGAUGAAGUGGAGAAAGCAAGGGCAAAGAAGAGAGAAGCAGAGGAGGUAUACAGGAAUUCUAUGCCUGCCUCCAGUUUCCAGCAGCAAAAACUUCGAGUGUGUGAAGUGUGCUCAGCUUAUCUUGGUCUCCACGACAAUGACAGGCGACUUGCUGAUCAUUUUGGAGGAAAAUUGCACUUGGGAUUUAUUGAAAUAAGAGAGAAGCUUGAAGAACUCAGGAGAAUUGUGGCUGAUAAGCAGGAAAAACGAAAUCAGGAACGUCUAAAGCGAAGAGAAGAAAGGGAGAGAGAAGAAAGGGAGAAGCUAAGAAGAUCUCGAUCCCAUAGCAAGAAUCCAAAAAGAUCUAGAUCCCGAGAUCGGCGCAGACAUCGAUCUCGUUCCUCCUCACGUGAACGGAAGAAAAGAACUCGCUCCAGGUCUCGUGAGAAACGUCACCGCCAUAGGUCUCGCUCCACCAGUCGCAGUAGGAGUCGCAGCCACCAGAGGAGCAGGCAUAGUUCCAGGGACAGGAGCAGAGAACGCAGUUCUAAAAAGAGGUCCUCAAAAGAAAGAUCUUCCAGAGAACAAGAACGAUCAAGAGACCGCAACAGGACAUCACGUGACAAAGAAAGGAGCCCCAAAGAAAAGUCACCUAGAGACCGAGACUGCAAAGAUAGGAAGCGUUCCUAUGAAAGCGCUAAUGGCCGAUCAGAAGACAGAAGAAGCUCAGAGGAGCGUGAAGCAGGGGAAAUAUAACUGGCUGUACAUUCACUUGAUCCUUUAGCUUCCUAUGGAGUUGCAUACUGUGGUUUAGUUUACAGUUAUUCAAAGGGACACCAUUGAGCAGUUCCACACACUGAUCCAACUAGGGUAGAUGUACAGUGUAUAAAAAUGGUUAUAAUGAAGUCUGAAUUGACCCCCUCCAAUUGAAGACAACUAAAGCAGUGCCCUUCUGUUUCCUCCUCUCCAAUAAACUUGUAAAACAUAUUUUCAAAGAAUUCUCUUCAAAAAAAAGAAAAGAAAAAAACAAUUUUAUGUACCAAGAUGUAGAUCUCAGUGUUUUAUUCUCUUUUUUCAAUACAAGUUAUAGUGAACAAACUAUAUUGUGCUCUUUACCUUGGAUGCUUUCAGACCUUUAUAAACUCCUCUAAUUUUGCUCCUGUCCUAACAGCAACACUGAGUCGUUUUUAAGAGGGUGGGUGGGAGGGUCCCAAGCUUUUAUUAUCCCUGUAAGAUUGUGUUCUCAGUUGCUUCUUGAGAGCCCAAGAUAUUUGGCAGUAUGUUUAGAUUGGGGACAUGUGCUGAAGAACAUGGAAACAUGCUUUUUUUUUAACAGUGCCUAUUUAGACUUGGAAAUUGAAAAGCUAUAGCAUUUCAUCUUUCUUUUUUUUUUAAAUUUCUAUUGAAACUUUGAAAUCAAAGCCAGCCCCACAUCUCUGUACCAUUUGAUUGGUAUGUGUUCAGUAUACUUGGGUUUUUUCCCCCCAUAAGACUUCUACUGCUUUUUCUUGUGGGGUGUUAACUGCACAUCCUUAACUGUAAAACAACAGCAACCUAUAAUAAUAAAAAAAUUUAAAAAGUAA